AUGUCUGGUCUGCAAGUAUCAUGUGGGGGCCAUCCUCAGCGUACACUGGCUUUAUCGACAGCUCAAUUUACUCUACUCCUGAAAGCCAGCCCGGCACCAGGGGAUACUGGUAGCAAAGCACUCGACAAUGGCGACAUUCGCUGCUUAGUUGAAUUCUCUAGGUCGUCUUCCGUGGACAUGACAAGCUACCGGCAUCUAGGGCAUGGAUAUGGCACGCUUGGUUUAAUCACUUUGAGCGAAGACGUAUUCUUAUGCGUGGUUACUGGGGCUUCAAAGGCUGCAACUAUCAGGCCUGGGGAGAACAUAUGGCGCAUUGAAAGCGUGGACUUUUUUUGUCUUAAUCAUUCAGGCUAUGAAGAUGGAAUUUACUAUGAGUCUGAUUCGGCAUUUGGCGUUGAUGAGCUCGAUCGAGGGGAGAACAGAGAGGUCAUCACCGAUCAUCCAUUUUUAGCUCUCAAGAAGCUCUUGAGUGAUGGCAGCUUCUACUAUAGUCUGGAUUUUAAUCUCACGGAUCGAUUGCAAAAUCGUUCUGAUGAAGCGACGACAUUCGACAUCGAUGCACUAGAUGUGGACAUGUUAUGGAAUUCAUACAUGAUCAGCUCUCUGCUAUCAUUCAGGAAGCAGUUGGCCCCUGCUGAUAGAAUGCAUCUCGACUCUUCUGGCGUGCUGACUUGUGUCAUACGAGGGUUUUGUAGCACUUUGCCCAUACCCGCUUCUACAAUGUCCAUGUCUCACACACGAUCUCACUUCUCUCCAAUGCUGACCAUCAUAUCCCGCCAGUCAUCGCGACGGGCCGGUACGAGGUUCAACACUCGUGGCAUUGACGAUGACGGGAACGUUGCUAAUUUUGUCGAGACCGAAACUAUUCUUUGGAUUCCGCCUCAUCUUACCUUCUCCUACGUUCAGAUCCGUGGUUCUGUGCCCGUAUUCUGGGAGCAAGCGCCGGGGUUUUUCCCUGGACAGCAGAAAAUCGAGGUGAUAAGAUCAACAGAGGCGAGUGAACACGCGUUUAACAAGCAUUUCGAAGCACUUGAAUUAAGGUACGGUGCGGUUCACAUAGUCAAUUUAUUGAGUGCUCUCAAGCCGGGCGAAGUCCAACUUUCGAAAAGAUUCCAAGAACUCGUCUGCAGAAGUCCUUUAUACCAGAGGUCAGGUUUGCACACACUAUCAAACCAUAGACUUUUGCAGAUGACAGAAUUCGAUUUCCAUGCGGAGGCCCGUGGUCCACUAGGAUACGGAGCUAGCAACCAAAUAAAAGAGGUGAUCCUCCACUCCGUGGAUGGUUUUGCAUUCUUUCUCUCCGAGAACAGUGCCUCUUCAAAUGAAAGUAAUCAUGAAUCCGAUGGUUCAUCGGUUGUCCUACAACAAGAAGGGGUCUUCCGAACAAACUGUCUGGAUUGCCUUGACCGGACUAAUCUCGUACAGACAGUCAUCAGCUUGAUGGUUCUCGAAUCAUUCUUGCAUCAACAAGGUCUACGGCUCCAUGCCGAACUUCAGUUUAGACACUCAACCCUUUGGGCAGACAAUGGAGAUGCUUUAGCAAAAAUGUAUGCCGGUACAGGUGCGCUAAAGAGUUCUUUCACUCGACAUGGAAAGAUGUCGCUCGCUGGCGCUCUUGCAGAUGCACGCAAGUCUGCUACACGGCUCUACGUGAACAACUUCUCGGACAAAGCUCGACAAAAGACCAUCGAUUUACUAUUAGGCCAACUAAAUAAUCAAGCAUCGGUUCACCUGUUUGAUCCAAUGAAUGAAUUAAUCUCUGAAGAACUGGACCGGCGAGCACCCGAAUAUACCACCGUCGAACAGGUCAAAAUCUGGGCCGGGACUUUCAAUGUGAAUGGUCGCCAUCUGGAUCCUGAUACUGACUUGUCAUCGUGGCUCUUCCCUGCGGCUGAUGAGCAAAAAGAAGAUCAAGCUAUUCAGGAUCCUACUAUUUUUGCUGUAGGAUUCCAAGAGAUAGUUUCUCUGAGUCCGCAACAGAUCAUGUCAACGGAUCCUACCACGCGCAAAGUAUGGGAAGUCGCUGUCCGAAAUUGCCUCAAUAAGCAUGCGGCACGAACUGGGACUUCGAAUUACAUUCUCUUGCGGAGUGGCCAGCUUGUUGGAGCUGCUAUCAUGAUAUUCGUCAGGGAGGAUAUUCUCAAAGAGGUCAAAAAUGUUGAGGGCAGUGUGAAGAAAACUGGUCUCUCGGGAAUUAGCGGCAACAAAGGAGGUUGCGCUAUCCGCUUUGAAUAUUCCAAUACUCGUAUCUGCUUUGUUACUGCACACUUCGCAGCUGGAUUUGCGAAUUAUGAAGAGAGAAACAGAGACUAUGAGACCAUCGGUCGAGGCCUGAGAUUCCAGAGAAAUAAGUCCAUUGACGAUCACGACACCAUCGUCUGGCUUGGAGACUUUAAUUACCGAAUAGGUCUCGGGAAUCAUGAGGUUAGGAAAUUGGCGACGCAAAGAAACUAUCAGCGGCUCUAUGAAAAUGACCAGCUGAACCUGCAAAUGAUGGCAGGCAAUGUAUUUCAAUUCUAUACAGAAGGCGCCAUUGUCUUUCCGCCAACGUAUAAAUAUGACAUUGGUAGAGACGAUUUUGACUCAUCUGAAAAAGCACGCAUUCCUGCAUGGUGUGAUAGAAUCUUGUGGAAAGGGUCAAAUCUCCGGCAACUGCAUUACAGUUCUGCACAUUUACAGUUUUCGGAUCAUCGUCCGGUGUGGGCUGUCUUCUCUUGUGGAAUUGAUGUGGUCGAUGGAGAUAUGAGGGAACGUCUUAGGGAUAUACUCUGUGCAGGAACACAAGGUGAUGUGCCCAGUAUGGAGGUUACGGGGGCAUUGAAUGGUUCUAUGAUACCCAGUGAGAAAUCAACAGACCGAAGUUCGGUUUGGUCUGGCUUACCACCAGCUAGCUCAGAUGAACAAAAAUGGUGGUUAUAUAACGGCGCGCCUGUGCGAUCCGCCGUACAGCCAUCGCCAGACAAAGUGACUUUAAACAUGAGGCGCGAGUCCAAUCCUUUUCGUUUAACCGAUCCUAUCGAUUGGGUAAAUGAGAACGACACAAUGGAUGUGGAGGAUCAUCAAGAUUACACCGACGUGGCUUCGCAGAAGCCUCCAUUACCGCCGCGUGGAAGAGAAAUUGCUACGUCAUCUCGCGUUUGCGAUCAAUCCAUAUCAUUGGGACCUCGAGGACAACGAACAAUGCCUCGGAAAUCAACUGCACCGUGUUCUGGCAUGAAAACGUCAAGUCCAGUUGCGUCACGGCUUCGUGAGACACUAGUGAGCAGCUUUUCAGGACCAAUUACCUUGCCUGAUGUGCAGGAUGGCGACUUCAAACUACCAGUCAGAAUAUCUUCUAUGACGGAUGGAAGCCCAGGCAAUACACAAUCUUCCGAAAUGGAUAAAGAAGAGAGUCUUCCAAAUGCAAGUGGUGAGAGUAAAGGAUCUGCGAACCUUUUGGAUGACAAUGUGCAUGAAGAGAUUCAGUGGAAGCCUUUACGUCCACAAUGA